ACCCGAGAACUCGCUUGCGUUGCUAGUUAGCGGUGUUGUGAUAUGUAUAUAUGCUUUGCUCCAUAUUCCUACAUACAUGGUAAUAUUAUACGAGGUCCGACAAUAAGGAGAAGAAAGUGAUAGGUGAGACCUGGGAUAGUGUUGGCAGCACAGUCAUAGUAUCCCGAUUUUCAUAUUGAGGUCCGACCUCUUGCUGACCAGCAUCUCUGUGUAAAAAAAUGACCGUGUCGUGUUCUGUGCCCGCUUACCCCGGGCACGGUGGUCAGCCCUCCCCUCACAAUGGACCUCGAGUCAAGCCUGAAGGGGAGCCCUACUACAUCAGAAAUCAGGGCUCGGUGAAGGAGGUGUGGGACAAAUCGCGCCCACAGGUCGACACGCCCAGGCCGAGUCCCCGGUGUCCAAGCUCCGCCUCCAGACAAAACUACAGAGCUGGUUGGUUCGGUAGCGUGUCACCUCUGUUAAAAGGUGCAGCCACCCCGCGCCCCAGCACCACUCCUCCCAGAGUCAAACCCGAGGCGGAAGACACGGCCUUUAUCAGCAGAGGGCCCCGCAUGAGAGCGAUAGUGAACGAGUACGCCAGGAGAGGGCCGAGCCCCAGGGCGCCGAGAGUGAAACCAGAGGCGGAGGAAAUAGCAGACGUCAGCAAGGGCGGACGGAUGAGCAGCUUACUCCACAAGUUCGGCACCCUCCCUUUGUCUGCUAGGCCUGUUCCGCGUCUGAAUUUAGAGGCGGAACCUAUAGCAGAACUGAGCAAAGGCGGACACAUGCGUCAAACGCUCCACAACUAUGGCCAGAACAAGCCCUCCCCGCAACCAGAGCCAAGAGUCAAACCAGAAGGCCAAGACAACGCCGAUCUGGACAAAGGCAAGCGAAUGGAGAGGAUCCUGCACAGCUACGCCAAGCGCCCCUUGAGCAGCAGGGCCGUACCGAGGGUGAGGCCAGAAGGCGAACCCAACGCCAGUUUGGACAAGGGACUAAGGAUGUCACGUCUGCUCCACGAUCUUAAGAGCAUGCCCUUGUCGCCGGCACCCCAGGCGAGAACCAACACAAUCCAAGCCAAGGCCAAUGCUUUAAAAGGUCGAGGAAGCAUGGACGCCAUCUUUGAAAACAUGGCGCGGAAAACGUUUAUUUUCGUUCCGGGUCAGCAGACGAGACAGUAUGUGAGAGCGAGUAUCGGAUAAUUUAGUGCUUCCCCCCCCCCCCUCCAAUGUUAUUUAGUAUAAGAAUUUCGUAUUGUUUAGAAAUAAAUAUUUUUAACUAGUUGAACACUUAAAAUGCUUUUGUUUGCACCUCGCGUACUUUUAGUCUUCAUCUUUAACCUGUUUAGAAUGCUGUAGCUUCUCAUUCUAUGUUUGAUUCAUCAACAGAUCUCAUCAGCUGUUGUACGGAUUCACUUAAAUUUCGUACACAGGUUCCUUUUGCCUUCUAGGCGCUCAUUAAUCUUGUAUAAUUGUAAAUCAUGUAUUUGUAGUUCAUAUAAUUUUAUCAUAAGAUGUGGCUCUGGAUAGCAGUUAUAGAAUCAUUUUAAUAGCACAUUAAAUGAACUACUCAAAGAAUGCAAGCUAGAAUGGUUGAAGUUUAUUUGUUCUUUCGGUUUGUAUAGAAUUCAUUAAACAGUCACGUGAUUUUUUUUCCCAAACGAAUGAGUAACUAUGUGUAUUAGCAAUAGAAAAGAAAGAGAAAGAAAGAGAGAGCAGAGAGAAAAAUUGAAAAGAUAAAGAGAAAGAGAGAGAGAGAAAGAGACGAAGAGAAAAAAGGUACAGAGAGAAAGAGAAAGAAAGAGGUUGAGAAGGAAAUAGAGAGAGAGAGAGAGAGA